AAGAAAUGAACAAUAGCCUGUGUAGACAUAUUAUGAAGACUCUCUCCUGUGUAUUUUUAAAUACUUUAUUCCAAAGUUUGUAUAUCCUGCAGUAAUAACACAAAAUGACUGAUUUCCUUCGGACCGAACUUGUAAAUGCGCAACAAUGUCUGGUGGAAACUUAUGAAUUGGCUGCUGCGUAUGGAGACAAUGAGGAAAAAGACCCUAGCAAAUAUUUGCACCUAAUGGAACGCAUAUGUCAAAUAAGAGAGGAUUCUAAGCGGAAUGAACGAUCUUUAGAAUUGGCUAUGGAGGAACGUACCAUAACUGAUUUUGAAUCUACCUUUCAGCGGGAAUUAAAUGGAAAUAGGAAAUAUUGUCAGGGUAAAAAAGAUCGUGAAUAUAAAGAUUUCAGCAAUCGGUUAAAUGAAAUAGCUAAUGCCAAUAUGAGUGGUUCAAGUGAUAGUGCAUCAAGAUCGUCGAAUGUAUCGAAAGACGGUGGGCUAAUUGAAAUGGAUAUGCAAGUGAACUUAUUUGAUCCCCUUACAAAAAGACGGAUGGUUGAUCCAGUAAAGAAUACAAUUUGUGGGCAUGUCUACGAAAAUACCAGUAUUAGAGACGCAUUAGCGAUAAAUCCAAAACUACGGUGCCCUGUUGCUGGUUGUGGCAAUGUUCGGCCUAUUAAUAAGGCUAAUUUAAAACCAGACAAUACAUUAAAACUGCAUCUACAACGUAUAGCGAAUGCCGAAGAAAAUGACGCUUGACUUACAUGGAAAAGUGACGUUAAACUCCGAAAUAUAUAUAUUUAGGAAAGCAUGAAAUAAUCACUUUUUUUAUUGUAUCAUGGCAUAAGAGUACAAAAACAAAUGCUGAAAAGUGAUCUUCAA